UGUAGAAUCAGCUCUUUUGCUGACACUUUAAUAAGUGUUAUGUGUCUCAUGUUUUCCAACUGUUCCAGAGAAAAUUAGGGAUUGAUUCAGGAUCAUCCGAGGUUCGGGGUUUCAGUGACAGCUAAGUCACAUGUAAUGCUGGAUCCUGGAGAAACAUUAAUAUGAUAUCUGGAGGUGGAGAUGGAUUAAGGUGUGUGGUGCUCUGACACUCAUCUGCUGACGGUUUGAAUAUCCACAUAUUGAACCUGCCUUCAUUUUGUCUAAAGAAGAGUGCACUGCUACCACUGAGUGAUUUCUGAAGCGUCCAUCAGAGUCCAAUGGAGAAAAAACAUCCAGUAAUUGCAGGAAGAGAAAAAGGCCCAGGACCUGGACGCUAUGGGCUUCCUCCCACCAUCGGAUUUAUUGGCCAUGACUUCACCAAGCCAGCUAACCCUGCCUAUUCCUUCCAUGGCAGGAUGUGUGACAAGACUUUCCCUGCAGUGUAUUACAUUGACUCCAGUCCAGGGCCUCUCUACCAUGUUGAUGCAAAAAUCACACGCUUUGGAAAGGAUGGCACACCUGCAUACUCAAUGUUGGGCAGAAUGAAAACACAGAAGGAGCUGUUCCAGACACCUGGACCAGGUGCUCACAGCCCUGAGAAAACCCCACCAUGCAACCUCCAACGCAGAGCCCCAUCCUACACAAUGGGCUCUCGCACAAACUACCGCACCAUCGACUCAGUACCUGCUCCCAAUAAGUACAGUCUCCCUCCAGUCAUGGGCCCUCAAAUCCCAAACAAACCAGCCAGUGCAAGCUACACCAUCUCGGGUAGUUAUAGCACAAGGGGCCCAUCUGUGGAUUUAGCCAAAACACCAGGGCCUUGCAGGUACAACAGCACAGACCCAAGUAUAUAUUUACCCCGACAGCCGGCAUUUUCCAUGCUGGGACGCCGCAGCUUCCCUAGAAAUGCCACAAAGAAGCCCGGUCCUGGAGCUUACAGUCCAGAGAAAGUGACGGUUCACAAAGCCCGGGCUCCAGCCUACUCCCUGGGCAUCAGACACUCAGAAUUUGUUACCCCCUUAGUUGUCUAUGUUUCUGACUGAAUAGCAAUCACUAAGAAAAUUAUAUAAACAUAAUUCUGCAAUAGUAGGAAAAUAUGCAGGACCAAACGUGAAGAAGGUCAAAUUUAUUUUGUUUCAAUCAUGACAUUCAAAACUUAGAAUAUCUAGAAAAUGUAUGUACGUAAAGAUAAAAACAUAAGUGUUCGAAGACAGAAUGCUCUUUUGGAGAAAUAUCUUAAGAAAAAUAAAAUACAAUAAAUUUGACCACUCAGUAAAUAAAUCAAUUUCAACAAAAUGACAUUAGAAACACUUAAAAAUGUACAAGAAACUCUCCUUCAUACUGUUAAAGUAUCAUUCACAGUGUGAUUAAGCCAUUCCUCUCAUUACCUCUAAAAACUGAGGGAGUUUGAAA